AUGUUUCACACGAGUCUCAACCGCAUCAAGUUACGUCAGUCCGAAGCUCGCAGUAGGCAUAACGUAAAAGACCAGGAGCGUUUAAAGCGCCUGGAGAGUGCACUCCGACUGACACGGCCUUUUGAAGUCGAGAGCACAGCAAGGGCGCCUGGGAGGAGGAAACACAACGGACCUCGAGGCCCAACUAAGUCGUCACCGCGGGCCCGAGGACAGGCAUCUCAUCUUGACGUUGGUGCAAGGGAGGAACGCAGGAAUCAUUUGAAUAGUUCCCUGUCAGCUCGAAGUGUGGCGAAGCCUGUAAAGAAACCCCAUGGUCUGCAGCGCAUUCCUACGGGGGAACGAACGACAGAAGGGGACAGCCGUGGGCUGCCCAGCAAACGGAAGAAGGAACUUAUGCUGUCGCUGUUGGGGGAACAUCAGGAGAAACGAGGGGCGACCGAGCAAGCAGAAGUUGCUCGGACCACAGCUCCGCAUACACACAGCUCGAAUAUUGUUCAUGGCGGCAAUGCCACGGACGAGUCGUCAUCCAGGACGUAUGGCAAAAUCAAAGCAAGUCGAGCGCCGAGGUCAGAGAUAGCGGGACGUACAGUGCCGGAACCUGCAGGUCAGAGCACCAGUACUCGACAUUUUACCUCUUCAGCUGGGGCAGCCGCCUCUCUAGCCCACACUAUCGCCGAGACGCUUCUCACUGUCGCGUCCCAGGACCAAGUCACAAGCUCAAGAGAAAGCAACAUUGCCUCCACCUUGGGAGACGGGCCGGUGGAGAGUGGAAAGACUGGAACCACCCUUCCCAAGGAGAGUGCCGGCGAUGAAGGAAGGCAUCGCGAGCAACAAGUGAUUGGUCAGCACUCCGAUGGGAAACAGGACAGCGCCCCGGUGCGCCCGGUGAGUGGAGGUGGAGCGGUGACCUCCGAGGUCUCAACAGCAGACGAGCAGUCUGACUGCAACAAUGAGGAACAUCUCGAAAAGGAUGCUGCACAACUAAUCGGCAUAGACGACCCUGGCGUCGCAGAAGAAGGGGGCCACUUCGUUGCGUUUGAAGAGAUUGACAUUGCAGAGGAUCCAAAUACGACCCCUAAAGUUGAACGCGACGAGCAAGCUCUCGCGCUGGUCGUGAGCCCACAGUCCAAGCUAACAGCCCCUCUAUUGGAGCACAAAGACGCCGGAGUCGUUCCUGAAAACUCAGCGCGGACGGCCCCGAUGCGGACAUACAGCGAAGCCACAGGCGCCGGAAACCACGAUAUGAACUCAUAUAAAAUUCUCGCGCCGCCGUGUGGCCAUGAUUGCGGGAUGGAGUCCACAGACGACAGCGCAGCCCUGGAGUCAACGCCCGGAUUCAGAAUGCAACUCGCGUCUGGUUUAGGGGCUACAGCCCCCGCAUCUGUUGGAAGGUGGUUGCUGCCGUUGCGUGCGCCCAAGAACAAACAUUAUGAUGACUAUCAGAGGGGCCCUGUCCGGAGAGACAAACAUGACAGCGGCGAUCCAAAUAUGAAGGAUAGCACCGCAGCGGUUUCAGCUCCUGAGCUGCCCCAAGGAAGCGCUCCACCCUCACCUCAAGCUUCUCUACCACGCUCUGCCGGGGGCCAAGAUGUCCAAAGACGUGAGCAGCAAAAUCGAGAAGGAAGUUCAGGACCUGCCGAAUCGGGCGACGACACUCGACUCUUUCUUCGUCGCCUGCAGCUUACGAGCAAGAAAACAGUCCUCGACCAGGCUACCCCCGCCCGUUUCGAGUUCGUUGAUAACGACCACGGCAUGCAGUUCGUCAACUGGCGCACAUUCAGUGGAGAGCGCCUAAUAGAGAAAUUCUGGGAGAACAGUUUGCAUCAAUCAGACGCACGAGAUCGACAACGGUUUGAGCAAGAAGUCCAAAGUAAAAUUCUCCAGGAAUACGAGUUUGCAAAAAGGAAACAGCAAAUAUGGCAAGCCAUGGGCAAGGAGCCAGCUGACGACGACAUCCACAUAGAGCAGCUUGCGCAGCACUACUACAAUGCAAUGCAAGCAGCCCUUCACGGCCCGAAAGAAGACAUCCUUACUGGACAGGCAUUCGGCAGAUACAUUCCAAGUCCAGGACUAACUCCAAUCCCGGAUCUGCGUAAUAAAGUCAUAUACGGGCCUUGGGCUCUCAAUUGGAACCGCGCCACAACAAGCAGGACGACUCGAGUGUCUCUUGGCGGUCGCCGAGGUGCCAUAAGCGUCGGCAGCAGCGCUGCGAGUUAUGUGACAACCGCAAAUAUCAAUUGGAAUAGGACGGCGGUGACGUUUGCAGCCAGACCGAACGAUCAGGCCGUGAAGCUCGGGAUCCUACGAGGGCGCUACGGUGUUGACGUGGCGAGGUCUAACCGUCUCAGAACGUCCGCUGUCGAGACUGUCAUGCGCUACGUCGAGACCGCCACGGUGGUGGACCAGAUCAAUCGGACGUAUGGGCAACGCGUUCGCGUACGGCGCUUCAGUUUCAACUAUACCCGGGACUUCACCAUUCCACGAUUCGAUUCUCCUGGGCGAACCCCGGGCCUGCGGCAAGAACUUGCAGUGAAUUGGGGAUCGUUAGGAAUUAGCGUCGGUACAGAUGUCCCGGACAACGAGUACGCCAUCUCUGUGGGGCUUCGCGGCUAUCAGUUUUCUGUGCUUAGGGAUUUCUUCCAGAGACUCACGCAAUUCCAAGGGAACUGGGGACGUGGUUGGCAACUGGAGAUCGCGACAAAGUUUGAGGAUCCUAUAAGCAACCUAGUCUACUAUCAGGUUGGAUUCGGACGGCUUGGUCGGUUGUAUGCCACCGCCGGAGCCGGUAUUGGAUCAGAGAACACUCCGAUGGCUCUGGUUCAGGUUCAGGGAAACGAUGCCAGUGUGGCAUUUAAAGCUGUGCAAGAGGCCGGCGUUCGCGUCUUCAACAUCGGUUUCACUGUUGGACGCUUCACGUACAGUUGGGAUUCCGUUGUCGAGUACGAGCGCGUUGCCCUGCCUCUGUCACCGAUCGAUGCAGUUUUGAAGACACUUCUCAAACUCACUCCUUAA